AUGGAGGCCUCCGGUGUUGGCAGCAAGAGAGCGGCGACCAAAUGCGACCGCGAAACGCCAUGCUCAAGCUGCGUGGCCUCGAAACUGAUAUGCCGCCUGACGCAUCGCUCAUCCGAGAGACGACAGCGCGUCCUCAUCUCGCCCCGCUAUGAUGAGGCCAUAGAAAGUGUUGACCGCUCGCUGAAGGAAGUCUCCCAGGCGGUGCAGCAGCUGCUCGAAAUCAACCAGCAGAGGUCGCACCCAUCACCACUCGUCUCCUCUCCAUCCUUCAUCGGCAAUUCCUCUUCAAAUAUUCCAGGCUUAUCUGAGGGAUACAGAGGCGAUUCAUCGUUCAAGGCGCAUGUUCAUCGGGUCACCGAUGCACUCAAGGAUGCAGCUGCAGAUCUAGAGUCGACCUUGGGCGACGAUUCGGCGCUCUCUGCGACCGUGCAAAUGAUCGAGCAGGCUACAGCCAGUGAAGAGAGUAGCCCCGCCCAGACUGUCAGCUCGCCAUUGUCCGUGCAAGCCCAGCAUCCCGAGUUGGAGGGUAGAAGCCUUCCGUCAACUGAGCGCGUUCUCAAGCUGGUUCGACUGUGUCAGACUGAAAAGCAGCGAUUUUUCAUAGAUGUCCCCGUGAUUGACGAACAAGAAUUUGGUGAAUUUUGCCAAAAGGUUUGUUUUGCCAUUGCCGACUUUUCCAUCGUGGACUGGAUCAUAGUCAACGCCGGUCUGUUCUUCUUGUUCCAAGGACUCAAAGGCCAUCAUUAUGCUCUUGUCGAUAUCACCGAGUCAGAUGUCGAGGCAUACUCGCAACUCCUCAAGGCCAACCUUGAAGCUGCGAUACAGUCUCUGAAACUCUGCAGCGACCCUUCUAUACAAGCAUGCCAAGCUCUGGCGGUCCUGGUAAGUCUCGAGCGAUUGCCGCUAAAGCUCAAAUCCCAGCACUAA